UACCAAGCUACCUUACCUACCUUGAGGUAGCCUGCUGGUGGUGCCACCACUUGCUCCUGCCCCAAAGUGACAGAAAACCCCUUGUUCCAUCCAAUGACACCUACCUGCUGCCCAAGGUAGUUAUCAACAGCAACUUUCCAAUGUGGACAUCUCGCCAAUAUGGCUGACGUUCUCCUUGAUCUACUCGAUGCUCGGCAGUCUACGAGCCUCAAUACCGAUGCCAAUGCUCUGUUCAACCCGACAACAAGGUCAACCAAGCUCGCAUACCUGUCCCACCUCGCUGAUCAGAGUCCGGAAGCACUAGCCUCGACUGAGCCUCAAUCCCUGGCCCAGACAUCACAUUCGCUUCUCCUCUCGCUCCAAGGGGUCUCGAAGCGCUCUCACAAAUCCAUCAUCGACUCGGCUUCAAACCACACUGGCCUGACCCGCGCAUUGCCCACUCUUGUUGCAGACACGGCAGACCUGCGCAAUGCCAUUCCCAAGCUCGAAUCAGAGGCCCUGCGCUUUUCCACCACCUACAGUAAAUCCAGGGACAAUGAGGACUUGGCCGAAAGGAAACGCGCCUUACUGCUACUGCGCAAUGUUGAACGUCUCGUCGACGUGCUGGAACUUCCUACCCUCCUCUCUUCCGCCAUCAAUACUGUUCCUGCUAAUUACGCGUCCGCCCUCGAUCUCAAUGCCCACAUUCGGAGACUUCAUGGCUUGUAUUCAUCUUCGCCGCUGGUCGACCUCGUUUCCCAACAAGCUGACGAGGCCAUCGUGAAGAUGACGGCCGAUCUCAUCGCUGCGCUCAAGUCCCCUGGACUCAAGCUGGCCGCAUCACUGCGAACGAUCAGCUGGCUCAGAAGAGUGCUUCCGGACAUGUCUUCAAUGAGCUCCGCGAGCCGCAGUUCUCAGGAACACACCCUCUCACUACUUUUCCUCUGUUGCCGUGUAGCCACCUUGGACGCUACCUUGGGGGCUUUACAACCCCUUCGUGAGCUAGCUGAUGACGAGAGGCAGAGGCAACAGAGCGCCAAUCAACAGUCCUGGUCAGGCGGGCAGCAGACAGAAAAGUAUCUCAAACGCUAUGUCGAGAUCUUCCGUGAGCAGAGCUUCAGCGUUGUCUCCAUGUUCAAGAGCAUAUUUCCUAGCACUGGAUAUCAGACCGGAACUACUUGCGACGAGGAGGAUCCUUUCAGACCCAUGCCGUCAACGCUAUCGACAUUCCCACUUCAUCUUGUGGAGAUGCUUCUCGAAACCCUGACAAUAUAUCUUCCGGUUGUGAAAGACCAAGCAGCAAGGGAUAGUAUCCUCACUCAAGUGUUGUACUGCUCAGGGAGUUUGGGCAGGCUCGGGGGUGAUUUUGGGAUGUUAUUGGCAACCUUGGGGGACGAACACGAAGUAACGAAACAGUCUGAAUGGGUUGACAUAGUCAAGAGGCACCGAUUACUUUCUGGACGCCUUGAAUCGGUUAUCGGCGACUUCAAGGCGACAGGGGCCAAAGAGGCAUAAGUCCCGAGUUGUUGCUAGUCGUGGUGACGUGCUCGGGGCACUUUCAAAGGAGGAUGACUACAAAGACGCAAGGCAGGGUUGAAGGCAAGGUGGAAGGCGAGUCCACAAAGCGGAAACUCAUCUCCAUCUCAUGAAAGGGAGUUUCGACAGCAUGUUAGCCAUCGUAAGCAGUUGGCAUUAUGUUUCUCGCUGCGCUCGAACAGCAUCAAAUCGGCAGACGAGAGCAAUAUGCUCUCAAAUAGCUCACAGAAGACAACCAGGGGUUCAAGUUCCUUCAAUGUUCCAUGUGUGAGCAGACGUCGAGAAUCGGGCCAGGAACGCCGGGCCUGCCGGAGGCUACCUGACUGGAAAGACCCGGUCGGACCCAUAGGAUUCAUAUGUAUAUAACCGUCAUUACAUCCCUGACUUUCUGCUAAGCGUUGCCCGAUACGGCUAGCGAGUCAGAAGCACCGACCUGCCUUGACGACCUUGCCUUACCUCAACUUAGCUACCUCAUGUGCUUAUGUAGAUAUCUAGCUACCCUGC